AUGCCUGGGUAUAGCGAUUAUAUUAGAACAAGGAUUGUGCUUCUAAAAGAAGCUGGCCACGGAGUCAGUAGUAUUGCUAAGGUCCUUCUGACAGAAGACAACAUUACAGUAACCAGAAGGGGAAUAUAUAAACAUUUGAAAAGAUGGGGGGAGGGAUUUGGCCUCGCAGAUCGUCCAAAAGCGGGGAGGCCUGCGAAGUUUACGGAGAUCCACAAAAAUGUUAUUGAUGAAGAGAUGACCCAAAACAAGGAACUGGUGGCAAAAGAUUUACGGGAAAUCUUAAAAGAACGAACAGGUCUCGAAGUCAGUUUGGCAUCAGUGAAGAGAAUGCGCAGGAAGUUGGGAUGGAUCCGAAGUAGGAAGGGGUAUUGUCAACUUGUGAAACUCGUGAACAGACCAAAGAGGGUGCAAUGGUGUAAAGAGGCAUUGGUUGUAGAAGACAAAUUUGAAGAUGUGAUAUGGACUGACGAAUGCACAGUACAAAUGGACAGCCACGGCCGUUUUGUAUUCCGGAAAGUCGUCUACGACAGCGAAGGCAACGAUAUAAGUGAACCACCCCCACUGCGAGCGAAAGUUAAGCACCCUUACAAAGUGCAUGUAUGGGCCGGUAUAUCUAAAAGGGGUGCAACGAANACAUUCCACUUCAUUGAAAAAGACAAUCACCGCAUAAUUCUGCCAUAUUCAUACUUCACUUUUUCAAUUGGCUUGAGCAUGUUAUCGUGA